AUGAAUCAUUUCUCUGGUGAUCGAUGGUCUUGGGAUUUUGAUGAAGAUCAUCAAGAAAUGAUGACUGAUUAUGCUGAUGAUCUACAAUCAAUUAAACUUGAUCAACAAGAACAUGAAGAAGAAAUCAAUGAACUUUAAUCUGUUCAUCAUUUAUUUGUAACGGGUCUUUUACCACAUGAACAAUGUUUAUCAUUAAAUCGUACAAAUGAUAGUGAAAUAAUUGUUAAAUCAAAAGAACGUCUUAUAUUUCAUGUUGGUUUUUGUCGUUUUUCAAGUUCAACAAUUUAUUCUCAACAUUCAAAUUGA